GAUGGCCAAGGAAAGGUGCCUUAAAAAGUCCUUUCAAGACAGUCUUGAAGACAUAAAGAAACGGAUGAAAGAGAAAAGGAAUAAAAAUUUGGCAGAGAUUGGCAAACGAAAGUCUUUUAUAACUGCGCCAUGCCAAAUAAUCUCCAACACUUCUACACUGCUAAAAAACUACCAAGACAAGAACAGAAUGUUAGUUUUAGCUUUGGAAAAUGAAAAAUCCAAAGUGAGAGAAGCCCAAGAUAUCAUCCUCCAACUGAGAAAAGAAUGUUACUACCUCACAUGUCAGCUAUAUGCAUUGAAAGAAAAACUAACUGCACGACAAACAGAAGAAACUGCUCAGAACCAGGAAACAUGUCCCUCUGGAAUGGACUCCAAUAGUGACAACAACUCUGGGGAUUUAUUUGUGAAACAAGUUCCUCUUCAGGAAGCUCACCUUCCAGGACAAGGAGAAUCAUUCCAAAUAGAAGAGCAAAUACCUGUUUCUCAAGAUAGACUGGGAUUUGAUUUGGAUUCAGAUGAAGAUAAAUCUGCUGAUAAUGUCUUACCUAGAACUGUAUCUGUCCGUCGAAGUUUAAAGAAACAUCUCAACAAUCUAUGUCAGUUCAAUACCUUGGAUGAUUUUGAAAUCAGUCAUUUCUCAGUGCAGCCCUUUGAAUCUGAAAGAUGGGUAGACCCACUAGUAAACAUGCACAUAACAGAAAACGUAGAACAAAGUGUUUGUCAAUGGAAUAAGGAUCAAAUUAACUUAUCACCAAAGCUGAUUGACCCAGGAAGACCUGCUAAAACAAAAGAAAACAUUUUAGAAUAUAAAUUUGAACAAACUGAAGAUAAGCAUAGAGGUGCACAAGGAAGAAAAGGAGAAGAGAAAAGAAAAACUAACAGAAGGAGAAAAUCAAAAUCUGUAUCAAAGUAUAAAGGGAGCAAAAGUGAAAACAAAAAAGCUGUUUCCAAAAAAAAGUUGGAUGAAUCUGUCGUUUCCAGUGAUGCUUACAAUUUUAACUUGGAAGAGGGUAUUCAUCUCACUCCUUUCCGACAAAAAAUGAGCAAUGAUUCUAACAGAGAAGAAAACAACAAUGAAUUUGAAGUGAGCGUCUGUGAAUCAAGUGGUUCAGGAGAUGAUUCUGAUGACCUCUAUUUGCCCACUUGCAAGUACAGUCAAGAUCUCUCCAGUGAAUCAGAUAGGAGCCCAGUCGCCAGGUCUCGACCUAAAAGAGCACUAAAAUACAGGGAUGAAAAAGAGAUGGAGGAUUCUAAGGUUACAAAAACUCCUAUAAGUGCACUACCUAAAACUCACCGCUCACCUCAUUUUAGCCUGAAGGAUAUCACCAAUGUCCCCUUGUAUCCUGUAGUGAAAAUCAGAAAACUUUCUCUUUCUCCAAAAAAGAAAGCAAGCCCAGCAGUGUCUCUGCCUAAGCGCAGGUGUGCAGUCAGUAUGAACUAUAAGGAACCCACGCUCGCUUCGAAACUGAGAAGAGGAGACCCUUUUACAGAUUUGUGUUUCUUGAAUUCUCCGAUUUUCAAACAGAAAAAGGAUUCCAGACGCAGUUCUAAAAAAAAAAGUAUGAAGCAAAUACAGUGA